AUGGAGCAGCAGGAAGAAAGCUUUCAGCUGUUCGAUCAGUGCAGGAUCUGUAUAGUGUGCUCCAAAGAUCUUAGUCCAGAUACGGCGCAUCAGCUUGCGUCUACGCUUGAAGAGAAUGGCGCUGAGACAGUCAUUUAUGACCCCCCCGCCGACUUUCCGGAUCUAGCAGAAUUUACCCAUGUUAUGUCGAAUACUAUUGACUUUCCCGCAUUUGACGCUGCGAACGAUGCCUUGAUCCCUGUUGUAAAGCCUCAGUGGAUGCAGUCCUCACUGUCGAAGAGAAAGCUAGCAAACCCGCGACAAUACAGCCCAGAUCCCCGACUCUUCCUAAACGAUGUGGUUGUUACCUGUGGUGAUAUUCCAGAGGGCGAUAAGGAUGCAAUUCUUGGAGGGGUUCUGGCAAAGGGUGGCCUCUAUAGUGCCAAAGUUACUCAUUUGGUGACCCAUUUAGUCGAUUUGACUCUCGAUUCUGCUAAGGCCCGACUUAUUACGUCGAAAAAGGUCAACAUAAAAAUCGUUCUCCCUCAUUGGUUUGAUGAUUGCCUGAAACUGGGACGAAGAAUUGAUGAGCGCCCGUACAUGCUCCCCGACCCAGAAAUCCUUCGUACAGGCCUAGAGGGCCCGAUUCGCUCAGCAGAAAAUAGAGAUAUCAUCGGAGCAUCGACACCAGAGCCCACUACCUUGCCGACUCCCGUCACCUCGCCUACGAACUCUAAGCUGAAUGUAUUCCAAGGGAAGACAGUCAUGCUUUCUCCGGAUUUGGGGAUUGGCUCACAUCUCCUGGGGACUAUUUCAGAUCUCAUCGAGGAAGGCGGAGGCAAGGUAACAUCCGACGUUUCAAAAGCAGAUAUCUUGAUUUGUCGCUAUAGAGAGGGCUUUGCUUACCGCAUGGCGUCGAGACUGCAUAAGGAUGUGGGGAAUCUUUCAUGGCUCUACCAUUUGAUCACAUACAACGCCUGGACAUCACCUUACCGUCGUCUGUUACAUUACCCCGUUUCACGCACCGGGAUACCCGGAUUCCAGGGACUCAAAAUAAGCUUGUCUAACUACGUUGGAGAAGCGCGAGCUUAUUUGGAGAAUCUGAUCACAGCUACAGGCGCAGAAUGUACAAAAACCUUGAGACAAGAAAAUACGCAUCUUGUGACGGCCCAUGGCAAUAGUGAGAAAUGCUCUGCAGCAAGGGAUUGGGGAUUGCUCGUUGUCAACCAUUUGUGGCUCGAGGAAAGCUACGCGAAGUGGAAAUUACAACCCGUUACAGAUCCACGCUAUACUCAUUUUCCAAAGAGAACAAACCUGAGCGAGGUUGUGGGUCAGACACGCCUGGAUAGGUCUGCAGUUGAGAGUGUUUUCUUCGCCUCGGAUGAGACACCGGCACCCCCCACAAGUCCGCGUAGGGCGAUGCAAACCCGAGACCAGAAUACUGUCGCUGGGAAGGGAAGAGGGUCCAUGCAACCCCCGGCAAAGGUGGUGGAUACUGACGAAAAUGUGGCUUCGAACACGACGAAUGCCACCCCAAAAUCCGUGGGAAAAUCGCGCAAGAUAUCUGAAAACAAAGGCUUACAAACACCUGCGCGUGCCCGCCUUACGUCCGACGGCCAAGAAAAUGAUACUCCCUCGUCAACUAGCAGCCGCAAAUCAAAGGAGGCAGCAGCAGCUAAACUACAGGAAAUUGCUCCAGACAUUGCUCUAUACGAGAAGGAGAAAAAGCGUGUGGGGGGUGUCAUUUACGGUGGUCGAAAGAAGACGGAUGAGGACCGAGUGGUCAUAAAUAACGCCAAAAAGCGAAGGUCCCUGGACGACCAGAAUGAAACUGAUGAAGAGGAUCUCACCGAAGCAAAGAGGCAAAAAAAGUCACGGCCUCCCAUUACUCUGCACCUUCUCAUAACUGGCUUCCAAAGGUGGGUGGGAAAUCUGAAGAAAGAGGACGCUGAUAAGCGACAACUUCGAGACCUUGGAAUUAUGGUCGUCCAGGACGCGCGAAAAUGCUCGCACCUCGCUGCACCGUGUAUACUACGAACCCCCAAAUUCGUUAAUGCGCUUGCAUACGGCCCGGUAAUUCUCGACGUGGAAUUUAUCACACAGUGUCUGAAGAAGAACGAACUCGUAACUCCCAACGACUUCCUUCUGAGGGACGAGGCGGCAGAGAAACGAUUUGGAUUUUCGCUUGAAAAAUCUAAAGAAAAUGCCAAGAACAACAAAAACAAACUUCUGAAUGGGUAUCAAAUAUUCUGCGUCGAAACCAUUCGUGGGGGAUUCGAUGCAUUUAAAUCAAUUGUCGACGCAAAUGGGGGGGACUGCUUCCUCUUUCGCACCCGUGUCUCAUAUCAAGCAAAGCGUGAAGAAAGCGACGAUGAUGGCGAGGAAGAGGAGGAUCUAAGUCGGAAGGAGAUAUACCUUCUCAGCAGCGUCUCAUCUGAACACCAGAAGCUAUGGCCACGAUUUCGCCAGGUGGCUCUUGAGAUGGGUAAAACUCCGCGGAUCGUCCGGGUGGACUGGCUUCUUGACAUCGCCAUGUCCCAAGAGCUGCGCAUCGCUCAGGAAUACGAACUCAAUGAGGAAAUGGCUGAGCAGUCGGAAGAGUAA